UGGCGCGGUGUGAGUGGGUGGCCCGGGCUGGGAGCAGGUACCGCGGCGAUCACUGAGGAGAGCAGGAGCUGCUUGGGCCGGGGGCGGGGGACGCGGGUUACCGAUCGGCGCGGGGUUACUGUACAGGAGCGGCCGCCUGUCCGCCCACCGACCGGGAGGAACAAGGGAAUUUUUGAGAAACUUGCUUAACACAUGUGGCAUAGUGGAUGGUGGCACGAUGAGUGGGGAGCCUGAUGCCCUAGCAGUAGUAAACCAGCUGCAAGAUUUAGCAUCUGACCCCUUAAACAGGCGAGCAAUUGUUCAGGAUCAGGGAUGUCUGCCUGGGUUAAUCCUGUUCCUAGACCACUCAAAUCCUCAAGUUGUUUAUUCUGCACUUUUGGCUCUGCGCUAUCUGGCAGAAUGCCGUUCCAGCAGAGAGAAAAUGAAAACCGAACUCGGCAUGAUGCUAAGUUUACAAAACGUGAUCCAAAAAACGACGACACCUGGUGAAACGAAGAAAUUAGCAAACGAAGUGUAUGAGAUUUUGCAGUCAUCGAGCACUGAAGAGUAUGACUACACAAAUGAUCAUAAUUCACAUAGACGCAAACCACAGUUUUUCUUGGGAAGCACUAACAAACGGGCGAAAACUGUUACUUUGCAGAUAGAUGGUUUGGAUGAUGCGUCACGGAGAAAUAUGUGUGAAGAAGCAUUGUUGAAAAUUAAAGGUGUCAUCAGUUUUACUUUCCAAAUGACUGUAAAAAGAUGUAUUGUACGGAUCCGUUCUGACCUAAAAGCAGAGGCACUGGCAUCUGCUAUUGCAGCAACCAAAAUUUUGAAAGCACAACAAGUGAUCAAAAAUGAAAAUGGAGAGGAGAUGCUGGUUCCAUUCCAAGGUGCAUCUGUUGAAGUGGAGGAGAAUACAGAUUUACCAGACUACUUGCCUGAAGAUGAGAGUCCUGCAAAGGAUGAGGACAAUGCUGUGUCCCGUGUUGGGAGUAAGCAGGAAGUUGGUGGUGGCUGGUUUAGUACAGCAGCAAACUUUUUAUCAAGGUCAUUUUAUUGGUGACAGGUGGUUGUAGCCGCGCCAGACUUGGGUAUGCGUAGGACUGUGGAAACAGGGAGCCUGUUUUCCCAUUGUUAUGGUGAAUUGUCAAGUGCAAUUUGCAGUAAUGCAGAAACAGUUUAUAGAGGCUUUACAUAUACUGCAUUUUCACUAAAAUGAAAAGUUAAGCCAUCAUCAAUAGAAGACAUCCCUUCUGCCUUUAUAAUUUAAAUUGCCUCACAAUCAUGUGUUUUAUUAUUUUCUUCCAAUGGCUCCACAUCAAACCAAAUGACAUGAAAAGUGAAGCUUAAACCAGAGUUUGGAUGGAUUCUUCUGCAGCAUCCUACAUAGGGUACCCACGUUCAGUUCUAUCACUUGAAUGUUGUACAGAAAAUCUCUUUGUUAAUAUAAAGAGUAUUGUGCAUGAAUUAUGCCUUUUUUUUUGAUGUUACAUAUCUCAAUGACAUUUCAAGUACUUGCAGUUUGCUUGAGACCUAAAGGAUUGCAUACAUUUGCCUUAAUUUCUCUGUUCAAAUUCUAAAGCCUUCAUUACAUAUGCCUUUAUGGUUUGUUUCCAUCUGAAUGCUGAAGUUCAUUAUGCUUAUUGGUGCAACUUAUCCUUGAAACUUAUUAAUAUUCAGUCUUUUCUGUACAUAAAUGUUGCACCCUGGUCAAUGUACAGUGUGCUGACUUUUAAUCUGAUUUUGCAACAGUAAAGGAAAACUGUCAAAGCCUAUUCACUGCACUUUGAGUACUCAAUGUCUUGCUGUUACAAUGCAAUGUUUUGUUUUAUUGUCAGAUGACAUGUAUUAAAACAAUGGAUAAUUUGACAUUUGAAAUGUUUGAGGUGAUAGCUAUGUACAAUAUUCAGCAUAUAAAUCUUUGUUAUUAAUUUACAUUCAUGUAAUUAACAUUUAGUUUGUGCCAAUAGCCUGUAUGUUCCACUGUGUGUCUACAUUUUCCAUUAAACCUAUUGUAUAUGGACUACAUUUUCCACAUUUUAAAAGAUGAGUUUCU